AUGUCUCAACAACCUAAUGCUUCCUCUCUAAAGAAAGUGUCUCCUAUCUCCGACUCUACAACACCUAAUGAUUCAACUAACCCUGAUCGUGUUCUCAAUGUAUCUCCACCAAGGAUGAUUAACGCUGAUGAUUUAAAGACUACAAAGCCAAGAACAUCACAUGCAAGAAGACCUAAGGAGGGUGUUCGUACUAAGGGCUCCAAUCCCUCAACAUCCACCCCCCGUGAGGAACUUUCUAAAGAAGGAACAAGAUAUGUUCAUAACUCCAUCGUCAAGAUUGUCAACCGUAUUUUGAAUGAAAAUCACCAGGUCCCUGGGAUAUUUGUCCCUUUACAAACCGCGAUUCCUGAUCCUCCCAAGAGCAAAAGUGAUGAUGACUAUGUUCACACUACUGGUAGUGACAUUCACAUGACUAGAGAGAAGAACAAUGAAGAUGUUCAAGAAGAUGCUGAUAAUACCAUUGUCACUGAGGAUGAUAACGACAUCAGAAAUUCUGAAGCUGAUGAUAGUCCAAGGGCAGAUGCUGGAAAAGGUACAAAUGUUGUGGAUUUAGAUGAUUACUCUGACAAUGAUUUGAAAGCUGAUGUUAAAAGCCAUUACAAAGACUCUGUCAAGAAGAAGAGUACCUCUGUAGGACCUAUAAAGAGAAGAUCUGUGGCUAAAAGUGUUGGUGUUGGUCCCUCAAAAUCUGGUAGCAAGGUUGUUCCAAAGAAGAGGAAGGCAAGAGCUAUUGAAGAAUCUGAGUCUGAUGUUGAAGUGAAUGUCCAUGAAAUUCCAUUACAGAAGAAGCCCGCAACUAGCAAGCUUGCUGCUAGUGUGCCUGAAGUUCCCAUUGAUAAUGUAUCCUUUCACUUUGCUGCACGUGCAAACAGGUGGAUAUUUGUGUAUCAAAAGAGACUGGCCCUUGAGAGGUAA